UCCUUCACUGCGCUCACGAGCACGGCUCUCUUUCUCUCUCUAAACCUCCACGUAAAUAUUCUUGAAACGUUCUCUCUCUAAAUACAGAGCGUCGGAAGUCCGCCAAAACCAGGCCCUGCGUACCAUCUCUCUCACGCUUCAUCUUCUUCUUCUUCUCUCAGUUCUUGCUCUUCUUGUUUGGCAACGAUGGCCAAGACCGGCUCCUGCCCAAACCCUCUAACUUAUGUCGCCGCCAAGACCAACAAGUCCACCCUCUUCUACCUCACCGCCACCUCCUUCCUCUGCACCCUCUCCUACCUCGCCGCCCUCUGGCGCCGCCCCGCCGACUUGCCCCCCGCCUCCCCCUCCACGAUCUUCCCAUGCAGCACCCCGAUCUCUGCCGCCGCCGCCGCCGACGACGGCGCUCGCCCGCUCGACUUCUCCGCCCACCACCACUCGGGGGACCUCCGCGCGCCGCCCCAAGGGGCGGGGCGCGGGCGCCGCUUCCCGCGGUGCGGCGCCAACUUCAGCGAGUACACCCCCUGCGAGGACGUGGCGCGGUCGCUGAGGUUCGAGCGGGAGAUGCUCGUGUACCGGGAGCGGCACUGCCCCGAGGGUGGCGGCGAGCGGCUCCGGUGCCGCGUGCCGGCGCCGUACGGGUACAGGAGGCCGUUCCGGUGGCCGGAGAGCCGCGGGACGGCGUGGUUCGCGAACGUGCCGCACAAGGAGCUGACGGUGGAGAAGAAGAACCAGAAUUGGGUCAAGUUCGAGGGCGACAGGUUCGUGUUUCCCGGCGGCGGGACCAUGUUUCCGAACGGCGCUGAUAAGUACAUCGAAGAUAUCGGGAAGAUGAUAGAUCUCAGAGAUGGGUCUAUAAGAACUGCUCUCGAUACUGGUUGUGGGGUAGCGAGCUGGGGCGCUUAUUUAUUGUCGCGGAAUAUCCUGGCGAUGUCAUUUGCGCCGAGGGACACCCAUGAAGCUCAGGUCCAAUUCGCCCUCGAGCGCGGUGUCCCCGCGUUGAUCGGGGUCCUCGCCUCCAACAGACUUCCUUACCCGUCAAGAGCUUUCGAUAUGGCUCAUUGCUCUCGCUGCCUCAUACCUUGGAGCCAAUACAACGGACUGUACUUGAUCGAGAUUGACCGGGUCCUGCGUCCCGGCGGGUACUGGAUCCUGUCUGGCCCGCCGAUAAACUGGGAAAGGCAUUGGAAGGGAUGGGAGCGAACAACCGAAGAUCUUAAGGCGGAACAGACUUCGAUCGAGACUUUAGCCCGUAGCUUGUGCUGGAAAAAGUUAAAGCAGAAGGAAGACAUUGCGAUAUGGCAAAAACCAACCAACCAUGUUCACUGUAAAAUCAACCGGAAGGUGUUCAAGUUCCCGCAUUUCUGCCGGUCACAAGAUCCGGAUAUAGCCUGGUAUACAAAAAUGGAAGCUUGUUUGACCCCAUUGCCCGAUGUGCCGGACAAUCACAUUAAGGUAGUGGCAGGAGGUGAGCUAGCGAGAUGGCCCAAGAGGCUAAUCUCGGUACCCCCUAGGAUUGGCAGCGGCAGUUUGGAAGGAAUCACAGAGGAGACGUUUAUCGAGGACACUGCCGCAUGGAAAACAAGGGUUUCGCAUUACAAAUCUCUAGACAACCAGUUGGCCGAGCCCGGCAGGUACCGCAACUUGCUCGACAUGAACUCUUACUUGGGGGGUUUCGCCGCCGCACUGGUCAAUGAUCCGCUGUGGGUCAUGAACGUCGUCCCUGUGGAGGCUCGGGUGAACACUCUCGGAGUCAUCUACGAGCGCGGGUUGAUUGGGACGUAUCAAAGCUGGUGCGAGGCCAUGUCUACUUAUCCGAGGACUUAUGACCUCAUUCAUGCCGAUUCGGUCUUUACCCUCUACAAAGACAGAUGCAAAGUGGAAGACAUCUUGUUGGAAAUGGAUAGGAUCUUGCGGCCCGAGGGGAGCAUUAUUUUCCGCGACGACGUGGACGUCUUGGUGAAGAUCAAGAACGCCAUCGACGGAAUGCAGUAUGAUAGCAGGAUAAUGGACCACGAGAAUGGUCCCCUUGAAAGAGAGAAAAUACUCUUGGCAGUUAAGCAGUAUUGGACAUCCCCAGCUCCUGACUCAGACCAGUAAAGGAAUAUACAUACAGAGACUCUCUUCGCAGGAGUUCCUCCUCUUGGCCCUGUCCACUCCUAAUUCUUUUCACCGAUAAAUUUCCGGCUUCUUUCGUGUGAAUAAUCUCGAUAGAAAUUGGUUUUUGUCGUCUUUGUGUCGCGCCUUCCGGAAAUUUCGUGGUGUUCAAGGUGUAAGACGCAAGGGUCCUGAAAAACUGAGCAUUGGCAAAGAGAUAUGACAGCUUUUAUCUGUUUGGAGUAUACAAAUGAAGUGAAAUGGCGUUUGGUGAAUCAAAACUCGGAGAAGUAACGGUUGAUGUAAAGGGACGUGUCAAAAGAAUGUGUCAAUGACUGCUAUUUAUGUUCCCAGGCUAAA